AUGAGGUUUUCCCCCAACGCAGCGUCUCUGGUACUCGGGCUUCUAGCCUGCACGGCGCGCGUGGCUGCCGCCGAUGCCGCCGAUGCCGCCGACAAAGACCCUUUCGUUCGCGGCGCUUACAUCGUCGAGCUCAACGGCGAGCAGGACCCUGCCGCCCUGUAUGACGAGCUCCGCUCCGACGGCCUCACUGUCAAGCCACGUCUGGACCUUAAGUACCGCCUCUUUAACGGCGCUUCAUUCAGCAUUGACGACGACGACGAUAAUGGGAAGCCCGAGGUCACCGCCGGCAAGAUCGCCGGAAACCCUAAUGUCAAGGCCGUCUGGCCCGUCCGCAAGAUCAAGAUGCCCCGUCCUGAGCCCAGCUCCGUCGGCCGCAACGGAACCUCCGCCGCCGCCGCCGCCGCCGGAGACGCGCUCCUCCGGUCCAUCAAGGACCGCCGCGACGCCACCGUCAAGGACACGUACAGCACGCACGUCAUGACGCAGGUCGACCGGCUCCGCGAGGCCGGAUUCACAGGCAAGGGCAUCCGCGUCGGCGUCGUCGACACGGGCGUGGAUUACCGCCACCCGGCGCUCGGCGGGUGCUUCGGCGAGGGCUGCCGCGUCGCCUACGGCUGGGACUUCACCGGCGACGACUACUUCCAGGGCUCGGAGGCGCCGACACCGGACGCAGACCCGCUCGACUCGUGCCAGGGACACGGCACGCACGUCGCCGGCAUCAUCAUGGCGCAGGAGAACGAGCUCGGCUUCACGGGCGCCGCACCCGACGUCGAGCUCGGCGCCUACAAGGUCAGCGGUUGUGCGGGGUACACGACGAGCGAGAUCCUGGUCUCGGCCUUCUACCGCGCCUACGAGGACGGGAGCGACGUCAUCUCGUGCUCUGCCGGUGACGAUUCCGGGUGGGCCGGCGACGCCGCCGGUAUCGCCGUGUCCCGCAUCGCCGAGGCCGGCGUCCCUGUCGUCGUGGCGGCCGGGAACUCGGGUGGCUUGGGUGUCUGGGCUGUUGCGUCCCCGGCGUCUGGGAAGGCCGUUGCCGGCAUCGGGUCUGUGGAAAACACCAUAUUGCCAACUCUGAUGACCCGCGGCACCUUCGCCAACGAGACGGGCGAGUUUGCUUUCGGCUGGAUGGACAGCUAUCCCGCCGUGGAGGCCAACGUGACGCUGCGGUUGUGGGUUGGAGGCGUCAACGACACUGCUUGCGAGCCCCUUGCCGAGGAUGUCGACCUGAUCGACCGUAUUCCUUUGGUCAGCAUGGAUGCGUGCCCAUCUGAUACCCAGGCCGAGAACCUCCUUGCACGGGGUGCCAAGUACAUUCUCUUCUACCCCUCGAGCGAGUCCAGACUAUACACCCCCUACGUCUACACCGAGGGCAUUGAGGGCAUCGGCAUGGUCAUGCCCCGUCAAGCCAAAGACUGGAUCGCCCACGCCGACAACGUCACCAUCUCCAUGGGCCCCCCCGAGACCUCGGCCCUGUUCGCCGAGUCCAUCGGCAACGGUCUGACCGCCGGCUACACGAGCCCCUUCAGCAGCUACGGCCCGACCUGGGAGCUCGACAUCAAGCCGCAGUUCACGGCCCCCGGCGGCGGCAUCCUCUCGACUUGGACCUGGGACCAGGGGCAGUACAUGGUGAACCCGGGCACCUCCAUGUCCACGCCCUUUGUGGCCGCCGUCUACGCCCUCGUCGGCCAGGUCCGCGGCACCCUCGACCAGGAGACGCUGCGCUCCGUCAUCGCCGCCACGGCUCGGCCCAAGGCCUGGAACGACGGCACCACUGUCAACGACGACCUCCUCGCCCCCGUGGCCCAGCAGGGCGCCGGUCUGGUGCAGGCCUGGGACGCGGCGCAUGCGACGACGAUUCUCUCUUCCACCGGCAUCUCCUUCAACGACACCGACCACUUCGUUGCCGAGCACGCCUUCACCGUCAAGAACACGGCCGCCGAGGACGUCACUUACACGCUUGGCCACGCCAGGGCCGUUACCGUCUACACCUUCACACCCGGCACGCCGCAGCUCGUCGUCGCCCGCGCGCCGCCCCCUACCGCCGACGCCUGGGCCGAGAUUGCCUUCGACGCCGGCUCCCUCACCGUCCCGGCCGGCGGCAGCGCCGAGGUCAAGUUCGCCGCCGUGGCCCCCACAGGUCUCAACGCCACUCUUCUGCCCGUCUACAGCGGCUACAUCACGCUCGAGGGGAGCAACGGCGAGACCCUCUCGGUGCCGUACCUCGGCGUCGCCGGCAGCAUGCGCGACACGCCCGUCCUGGUCCCCGGCAUCGCCCUCGACGGCGUCUACCUGUCUUCCACAGACAACCACUUCCUGAUCCCUGUCGCGGCGAACCGGACCUUCACGAUCCCGCGCCCGGGGUCAUCCGGCAGCGCGUCGUACCCGAAGCUGGUCGUCACGCCCACCGUCGGCACCACGGAGCUGCACGUCGAGCUGGUGGCCGUCGGCAGCGUGGGCAACUCGACGCUCAAGGUCACCGAUCAUCUCGGGUACCCGACCCUGGGCCCGCUGCCGCAGUCGCCGGUGCCGCAUGCCCACAGGUUCGGGUACACGUGGAACUUUGGCGGGUUCCUGGAUGACCGCACCGUCGUGCCCGAGGGGACGUAUAAGUUCAUUGCGCGGGCUCCUCGGAUCUUUGGGGAUGUGGCCAAGGAUGAGGAUUGGGAUGUCGUCGAGACUGUCACGUUCAACCUGAAGUACCUGGCCUAG